UAAACUGACAGUCUGACGACUUUUUUUUGUUGUUGGGGGGAGGUGGUACUUCCUUAAAUUUCUUAUAAUUUCCUCUUCGUUUCGAUAAUAAUUCAACCUUUGGGAGUUUCCGUGAAGCGAGAAAUUUUUAGAAAUGGCGACUAUAGUAUCAAGAUUUAUUUCUAAAUCCAUAACAAAUGGUUUAAAAUGCCAAGUCAAAUCUUUUAAGCCAAUUUUGUCAUUUGCUUUAGCGCAAAAGUUUUCUUCAUCAAGUAUUGAAUUGAACAAAGCUUACAUUCAGAAACCUGCUCCUCAUUUUGAAAGUCAAGCUGUAUCGACAUCAGGAGAAUUUGUAAAAAUUAAGUUAUCUGAUUAUCAAGGAAAAUACUUGGUGUUUUUUUUUUAUCCUCUUGAUUUCACUUAUGUUUGUCCCACAGAAAUUAUUGCAUUUAGUGACAGAAUUGAGGAGUUUAAAAAAAUUAACUGUGAACUUUUAGCUUGCUCUGUUGACUCUGUAUUUUCACAUCUUGCAUGGAAUAAUCAACCAAGAAACAAAGGUGGUCUUGGUAAAAUGUCUAUACCAAUUUUAUCAGAUUUAACAAAGCAGAUUUCUAGAGAUUAUGGAGUUCUUUUAGAAGAUGCUGGAAUUUCUCUUAGAGGUUUAUUUAUUAUCGAUCACAAAGGAAUAUUGCGUCAGAUAACAGUAAAUGAUCUUCCUGUUGGACGCUCAGUUGACGAAACACUGCGUUUAGUUCAAGCUUUCCAGUUUGUAGAUAAACAUGGUGAAGUUUGUCCAGCAGGUUGGAAACCUGGUUCAGAUACAAUCAAACCUGGAGUCAAAGAAUCACAGGAGUAUUUUUCAAAACAUUAAAUGUUUCAGCAAGAACUGACAUAUUGAUUGAAUAAUUUAUAAAAUAAUUUUGUCUUUACUAA